UCGGUGACCCGGUGUGCGCGGCUGUCCCAGGCAGCGUUGUGCACAGCCAGCCCCCCCGCCCCGUCGCCAACCGGCUGCGAUGGAACCUGACGGCCGAGCAGAUCGAGAGCAUGACCGUGGAGCUCGUGGAAAGGACCAAGCAGGUGUACGACCGCGUGGGCGCGCAGGAGCAGGGCGAGGUCUCCUACGAGAACACCCUCAAGGCUCUGGCUGACGUGGAGGUGGAGUAUACGGUUCACCGAAACAUGCUGGACUUCCCCCAGCACGUCUCCCCUUGCAAGGACAUCCGUACGGCGAGCACAGAGGCUGACAAGAAGCUUUCGGAGUUCGACGUGGAGAUGAGCAUGAGGCAGGAUGUGUACCAGAGGAUCGUCUGGCUCCAGGAGAAAGUGGAAAGUGCAUCCCUGAGGCCUGAAGCCCAGAGAUACCUGGAGAGGCUGAUUAAGUUGGGCAAGAGAAAUGGCUUACACCUCCCUGAAGACACGCAGGAGAAAAUCAAAGCCAUUAAGAAGAAGCUGAGCCUGCUCUGCAUCGACUUCAAUAAGAACCUCAACGAGGACACCACCUUCCUUCCCUUCUCCAAGGAGGAGCUCGCGGGGCUGCCUGAGGACUUCCUGAACUCCUUGGAGAAAAUGGAGGAUGGGAAGCUGAAGGUCACCCUGAAGUACCCACACUAUUUCCCCCUCCUGAAGAAGUGCUACGUGCCUGAGACCCGGAGGAAAGUGGAAGAAAUGUUUAACUCCCGGUGCAAGGAGGAGAAUUGCCUGAUCCUGAAGGAGCUGGUGGACCUGCGGGCUCAGAAAGCUGGGCUCCUGGGCUUCAACACGCAUGCUGACUUUGUGCUGGAGAUGAACAUGGCCAAGAGCAGCAGGACCGUAGCCUCCUUCCUUGAUGAGCUGGCACAGAAACUGAAGCCUCUGGGCGAGAAGGAGCGGGCUGUGAUCCUGGAGCUGAAGAAGAAAGAGUGCGAGAAACGGGACCUGGUGUUUGACGACCGCAUCAAUGCUUGGGACAUGCGCUACUACAUGAACCAGGUGGAAGAAACCAAGUACAGCGUGGACCAGAACCUGCUGAAGGAGUACUUCCCCAUGCAGGUGGUCACUGCGGGCCUGCUCGACAUCUACCAGGAGCUGCUGGGCCUCAGCUUCCACCUGGAGGAGGGCGCCCAGGUGUGGCAUGAGGAUGUCCAGCUUUACACAGUGAAGGACGGUGCCUCGGGGGAGACCAUCGGCAAGUUCUACCUGGAUCUGUACCCAAGGGAAGGGAAAUACGGGCACGCGGCCUGCUUUGGCCUACAGCCUGGUUGCCUGCUGCCAGACUCCAGCCGGCAGAUAUCAGUGGCCGCUAUGGUGGCCAACUUCACCAAGCCCACGCCCGACGCGCCCUCCCUGCUGCAGCAUGACGAGGUGGAGACCUACUUCCAUGAGUUUGGGCAUGUCAUGCAUCAGCUCUGCUCCCAGGCAGAGUUUGCAAUGUUCAGUGGCACCCAUGUGGAGCGGGACUUUGUGGAGGCGCCAUCGCAAAUGCUGGAGAACUGGGUGUGGGAGAAGGAGCCACUGCUACGCAUGUCCCGGCACUACAAGACCGGGAACCCCCUCCCUGACGAGCUGCUGGAGAAGCUCAUCCAGUCCCGGCAGGCAAACACUGGGCUGUUCAACCUGCGUCAGAUCGUCCUGGCAAAGGUAGACCAGGUGCUGCACACCCAGACGCAGGUAGACCCUGCCGAGGUGUUCGCCCGCUUGUGCGAGGAGGUGCUGGGCAUCCCUGCCACCCCAGGGACAAACAUGCCGGCCACGUUUGGGCACCUGGCUGGAGGCUACGACGCCCAGUACUAUGGCUACCUCUGGAGCGAGGUGUACUCCAUGGACAUGUUCCACACACGUUUCAAGCAGGAGGGCAUCAUGAACUGCAAGGUGGGCAUGGACUACAAGAGCUGCAUCCUGCACCCUGGCGGCUCUGUGGAUGCCUGUGACAUGCUGAGGAAGUUCCUCGGCCGCGAGCCCAAGCAGGAUGCCUUCCUUGCUAGCAAGGGACUGAAGGUGGAGUCCAACUCGCUGCCUUCGGCCUGCUGAGCCCUGCCCCACCCUGCCCAGCCCAGUGACGCCAGCACCUUCGUCCGUGUACUUGUUCUCCAGAGCCAGGGCGCCGAGCUGCGCCAGCCCCCUCCCGAGCACCCGCCGGAUGACCCUGCACCGUAUCCUUCCCUUGAGCUCCGGCACGGGGCGGCAGGGCUGGCCAGGUUGUGGGGGUGCCGGCCCCGCGAACCAGCUGCAGGUGUCCUCCCUGGGAGUGGGGGAAACGCUAGCGUAACACCGACGUGCUGCUCUGCAUCAGGGCACAGAUUGGCUUGGGUUCAGCGAGGGAGGGGAUACGGGGCUUGGCGAAAGAGCUGAUUCACCAGUUUACGCAGCAAGCACCUCCCAGCUUGCAGCCUGGCCGUGUGACACUGGCCGGCAGAGACUGACCCAGAGGGCUCGUUAGGGAGGGAUCUACCCCCGGUACUGAUGGAGAGCCAGCUAAGAAGUGCCCCCACAGUGUGCCUGCCCUUUCCUAGCCUCCCUGGCCUCCCAGCAAUAGCCGUUUUCCCUUCCUUUCCCAUCAGAAGUGCUGGGGCAGGAAGGGAGGAGCUUUCCUGUACUGCCUUGUCCUCGUGUCCAGGGUAGUACGAGAUACAGGGUGGAGAAGGAUCGGGAACACGGAUUAGCUGAUGAUUGUGAAUUGCUGCUGCUUGACUGAGCGUUGAGGGGAAUGCUCCAGGCAGGGAUCCUGCUGGCUUCCAGCUGCUGGGAUGCUAAGCCUGACUUCUCACCCUUUGCUGCAGUCCUUGGUUUAUUGAAAUGGGAUGAAAAAUAGUCAGAUUUAUUCAAGCACCCCUCCCCACCCCAAGGUGAGAUUGGAGACAGUAAAUCAGUUCAUAGCAGUGCACUCUGCCCCCUUUGAGUGUGCCCUGACUGCCUGCCGACCCCGGACUCACUGCUGGGCUGCAGAGUUGGAGGGACCUAAGCCCACACCCCGCGCGGCCACAAAACAGUUCAUUCCCUGCCUGACAUUCUCCCCCUGUCUCGUCCUGAGAACGGCCGAGGCAGGAGGCACGCGGGCACAUUUCCAGACAUGCCUGCUGCCUUCAGGCGCCUGGAUUUUUGGCCGUUGCACUCGUGCUGUUUUGGUUCUGCCAGCUCUGAUUUCACCUGGAGCUGCAGGGUGCGCGCUCUGCCAGGGAGGCAGGACUGAUACAGCUUAGUAUCAGCACCCAAAGGCAUCCAGCACUUUGGAAAACAUGCCCUGUUCUUGCCUUCCUGCCUGGAGGGCCACCGCCUCCAAAAGCCAGGCUGUAUCUGAGGCUUCUCCCUGUGCUGCUGUUCUGCUUGGAAGAAGGGAGGAGCUCUCUCUGCAGCCUGGCUCUACAGCACCAAUUUUGGGGCAAAGGGAAGGGGAGAUGCUUCUGUGUGUGACGGCAACAGAGAGCUUGGCUCCUUGUGGUAGCUGGCAGGACCCCUGGGCUGUCCCUGAUGCUUCCCAGUUUCCCCCAGAUUCCUCCCAUCCUUGGGCACAGACAGCACUAUCGCCAGGGUGGAAGAGGGGCUGUGGAUGUGACAGAUCCACCUGCCCUCCGCUCACACCUGAGCAUCAAAGGAGCCUUGCAUCUGGUGACUUUUUCUUGGUUGCUGCAUUUUGUCUGCAUCCUGGAAACCUGUCGCCACAGACGGAUCAGCUCAGGGAGGGGAUGAGCACCCAGGUGUGGGAUUGAUACCGGCUUGCAGAGCCUGGGGACGGGCUUCUUGGGGAGCCUCACAAAGCCCCUUCCUUCAGGGCUGCCUUGGCUCAGAUUUUCCUUCCCAUCUGAGCCAUUUCCCCUGGAUCUGGGCACGCUUGUGCGUGGAACGGCAUGGGAGGUGCUCACGUCCCCCUGAGGUGGAAGCCUGACUGAGGCAUUGUCCAGGGGUGCCUAGGAGGACAGGGAGCAGCAAACAAAUGGCUCUGUCCUAUUCUGGCAAAGCUUGCCCUUGGAAGGUCCCCAGCCCCGGGUCCUGCCAGGCAGGCUGCGUCCCCAGCCACCGGCGUGACCCGGGAGCAUGGUAUGUAGUGGGCGAAGCGGCUCUUGGUGCUUACCACGUCCUUUCCCUGCGUUCAGUCUCUUCCCUGCCCCCCCGUUCUAGCCGUGAGCGUGUGUCUGUCCUGGGGGUGCCCUGCCAGGCUCGGCCUUCACCCCCUUGGUGCUGUGGGUGCUGCUUGUUUUUUAAACGUAACAGUUUUGGGGUUUUACAGGAUUUGUGUUUUGAGCUGUCUCCCCUCUCAGCCGCCAGAACGGGGGGACGGCCCCCUCCUUCCCCAGGCUGCCCGUGCAGCAAACUGGCACCGAUGGCUGCACCGGACGUAGCUUCACCAGGGAGCGGGGGACGACUGAUGGGUGUCCUUUGUUGCACUACGCUGUCUUCAGCCCCCGUCCUGCCGGCAGAGAGGUCCGACGUGUUUCCGUUAUCCGUGUGCGCGGUCACCGCGGCGCGGUUCUGUUACUUCCCCUCCCCCUGCUUGUCCUGCCGAUCGGGUUGUAGAUGAGUCCUGGCACCAAUAAAGGGUUUUCGUAAGCGGAUUUUGGCCCUGCGCGGUCCCUGCCUGGGGAAGCAGGCGGCGGUGGGAACCCAUCUCGCUGCUCGGGGGCAGGUGGGGGUUAGGGAUCUCAGCAGGGCUGGAUUUGCUGUUGGCGUGCGUCUCUUCUGGGAGAGGGGGCUGCUGUUAACGCUGUUUUGCAGGCGGAGAGCAAGGGACCGGCCCAGGGUCACCUGCAGAAGUGGCGGCAGAGGUCGAAUUUGAACCCGUAUCUUAGGCUGCUUCGUGCCUGGGACAGAGCCCCCCCACGAUGGCCGUUCAGCCACCGAGGCAGCCCUGGGUCUGUCUGCUCCUCCAGCUCUGACCCACCUCCCACCAGCACGUCCUGUAGCCCGGAGCCGUCCU